AGCAGGGAAAUCCCCCGAGAGUAGAGAUGUUUCUCCUAGCAGUGGCCCAGAGCGAUUGCAGGGAGGGGGUGUCUCCCAGAGUGAAACCUACAACACCAAUCCUCAGGUAACGACACUAACAGUUCAACUCCCCACCAGUUUGAAUGACCCUAUCAAUCUGAAAACUAGCAUCCACGCAGAACACAAUGUAGUUGACUCAAACAAUGGCGCAAAUGAGGAGAUCUCAGAAACGGAGGCCGCAACUCAGUCUCUAGAGGCAGCUAAUGAAGCUCUGAUCCAUGAUCUCUCACAAGUAACAAGCGUGGCCAUCUCGAACCCUAUGUUGGCGUCAUCCCCGGGGCCACGGCCUGUUCCCGUCCUUACCCAGCCAAUUAGCCCCCCUGUCGCCACAUCAUCCCCAUUGCCAACCCCUCCCAGCAGCAGCCCAAUGUUGACCAUACCAACCCCUGUACUGAUAUCCCCUGACACGGGGCUAACGACGUCCCUUCCACCUCAACAACAGAUCAUCUUCUCCCCGAUGUUGACCGACCAAAGCUCGGGACUGACGUCGACUCCGGCCAGUAUUAAAGAAGAAAUGACGAUUCAACAGAGUACGAUGGCGCAAUACGUGAACGCCCAAUAUAGCGAGCACCAGUCCCUGCCGUCAACCCCCACCACGCCCAUAACACAGCACACCAUGUGGACAGAAUGGCAACUCAAGCCUGGACAGCAAUCUAUCUCAAAUGUCCAAGAACCACAGCAUCAAAACGUAUUCAAGAAAA